AUGCUCUCGAAUCGGAUUUCUCCAGCAGUAAGGUCCUCGAAGGCUUCUGCUUCUUCUUUGGGCGCUUUUGUUUUGGCUCGCUUGGCUCAUACUCAUCACAAAGUAUUGAUCGUCGGUGGUGGCUCUGCCGGUAUUUCUGCUGCCCACCAAAUUUACAACAAAUUUUCAAAGUAUCGUUUUGCCAACGGGGAAGGCAAAGACGCCUCAAUCAAAUCUGGCGAAAUUGGUAUCGUCGAUGGUGCUAAACAUCAUUACUAUCAACCAGGAUGGACCUUGACUGGUGCUGGACUUAGCUCUGUUGCCAAAAACCAGCGUGAUCUCAGUAGCUUGGUCCCCAAUGACAAAUUCAAAUUGCAUCCAGAAUUCGUACAAUCUUUAAACCCCAAGGACAACAAAAUUGUAACUCAAGGCGGUCAUGAAAUCUCUUAUGACUACCUCAUCAUGGCAGCCGGUAUUCACUCCGACUUUGAGCGUAUCAAGGGGUUAAACGAAGCUCUUGACAACCCUUCUGUUCCCGUUACUACCAUCUACUCGGCCAAGCAUGCUGACUCUGUUUUUCCCUUGAUCCAAAAAACUACUUCUGGUACUGCCAUCUUUACCCAACCUAGUGGUGUUUUGAAGUGCGCUGGUGCCCCUCAAAAGAUCAUGUGGAUGGCUGAGGAUUAUUGGCGCCGUCAAAAUGUUCGCAAUAACCUUCAAGUUUCUUUCUACUCUGGUUGCCCCACCCUCUUCUCCGUCAAGCGUUACUCGGAUGCCUUGGAACGUCAAAAUCAAACCCUUCACCGUAAUGUUCAUCUCAACUACAACAACAAUCUUAUAGAAGUAAACGGUAAGGAGCGUAAGGCCGUUUUCCAAAAUACCGCUGACAAUACCACUUUUGAACGCUCUUUCGACUUGUUGCACGCUGUUCCUUUCAUGCGUGCUCACGACUUCAUCGCUAAGAGCGAUCUCGCUGACAACAGUGGCUACGUCGCUGUGAAUCCCGCCACUACUCAAUCGACUAAAUUCCCUAAUGUCUUUGCAAUUGGCGAUUGUUCUGGCCUUCCUACUAGCAAAACAUACGCUGCUAUUACUUCCCAAGCACCCGUCAUGGUUCACAACCUGUGGAGUUUGGUCAACGGUAAAAACUUGACUGCCGCUUAUGAUGGAUAUUCUUCUUGCCCAUUGUUGACCGGCUACGGCAAACUCAUUUUGGCUGAAUUCAAGUACAACCAAGUACCCACCGAAUCCUUUGGCAGAUACUCUCGCUUCCUUGACCAGACUGUUCCUCGUCGUCCCUUCUAUUAUCUUAAGAAGGAUGUUUUCCCUUUUGUUUACUGGAACUUUGCCAUGCGCAACGGUCAGUGGUACGGCAAGCGUGGUGUCUUCCCUCCUCACUUCACCGUCAACUAA